GCAUGCGUUUUACUGCUGUCUGAAGCCGGACCCCGGGGCGCUAAGAGGCCCUUGUGCGCAUGCGCAAGAGGCUCAAUGACAGUCGAGCGUUGGCUAAGGCUCCCGGGAAAGGGUCUGGCCAUGCUGCGGUUGGCCCGGGGGGCCUGGGGGUCCAGGGUCCGGGUCUGGCCCACGCUCCUCGGGCCCCCCCGGGCCCUGUCAUCACUGGCGGCCAAAAUGGGGGAGUACCGCAAGAUGUGGAACCCCACGGAGCCCCGCAACUGGGCCCAGCAAUACCGCGAGCGCUUCAUCCCCUUCUCCAGGGAGCAGCUAAUCCGCCUCCUCAUCCAGGAAUUCCAUUCCAGUCCGGAGGAGAAAGCCUCUCUGGAGGACUUCUCGGCCCACGUGGACUUCUGCACACUGUUCCACUACCACCAAGUCCUGAGCCGGCUGCAGACUUUGUAUGACCCCAUCAACCCUGACAGGGAGACCCUUGACCAGCCCUCGCUCACGGACCCCCAGCGCCUGGCCAAUGAGCAGGAGGUGCUCCGGGCCCUGGAGCCCCUACUGAUGCAGGCCAACUUCUCAGCGCUCUCCGAGGACGCCCUGGCUUAUGCACUGGUGGUUCACCACCCUCAGGAUGAGGUCCAGGUAACGAUCAAUUUGGACCAGUACAUCUACAUGCAGUUCUGGGCCCUGGGCCAGCGAGUCGGGCAGAUGCCCCGGAUGUCCAGCGUGGGAUCCAAGCGUGGAUUCUUCACCAGGUCGCCCCCGGUCGAGAGGAGGUACUUUAAGCGGGUGGUGCUGGCAGCCCGGACCAGGGGAGGGCACCUGGUGCUAAAGUGCUUCAAGGACACGCCGCUGGAGGGCCUGGAGCAGCUGCUGCCCGAGCUGAAGGUGCGCACGCCCACGCUGCAGCGCGCGCUGCUCAACCUGACGCUGUUCGUGUCCGGCAUGGCCCUCUUCGUCAACGUGGGCAUGGUGGUGCUCACGGACCUCAAGGUCGGCACCUCCCUGCUGCUGCUGCUCUUCGCAGCCCUGAUGGGGCUGCGCGCCACCAAGAUGUUCGGCCAGAGACGCAGCAUGCAGGCUCUGGAGCUGGCGCACAUGCUCUACUACCGCAGCACAUCCAACAACUCGGAGCUGCUCAGCGCCCUGACCCUGCGCGCCCAGGAGGAGCACGCCAAGGAGGCGUUGCUGGCGCACAGCUUCCUAGCUCGGCACCCAGAGGCCAUGAGCGGCCCACCCCAAGAGACGUCUCGGUGGCUCCAGUCGGAGGUGGAGAGCUGGCUCCUGGCCCAGUCAGGCUGCGAAGUGGCCUUCAACGGGGCGCGGGCCCUGGCCCACCUGCAAGUCCUGACCCCCAGCAUCGGAAUCUACCCGCCCCCGGGCUUCCCCAAACUGGACCCUCUGGCUUCGGUCCUUCCUGAACCUCCCCAGGCCACACCACCACGCAGUGACAACUUAUAACUGCAAUCAUCCUGGAGGCAGGGACCUGCAAACCCACCUGGCUAGACACUAAACCCCGCCUCUUUUACAAGCUGUCCAUCACAGCCACUGCUUAGCCACGCCCCAACGCUCUCACCUGAGGGUCAGGCUGAGCGGCCAGUCAGGGCGGUCCCCAGUUGCCAGGCUAGCUAUUGCUUAGUCCCACCCCCCGCCUGAAGUGCCCCGUUGGGCUGGAGGGGGUGAGAGGAGGGCGGUGGCAGCCGCGUGCAGCUGCGCAGCAGCGUCUAGUCUAAACUGCCUGGGACAUUUCAACGGUGCCCUCCGGAGGCUACGCAAAACUGUCUUAGCCGGCAGGCUGCACGCCCUGUGCGCAAAGCGGGCCCCAGCCGGCAGCCAAUGAAAGCCCUUUGCCCCUGGCAAACUGCCAGCGACAGCUGCUGGGCACCAUCCACUUGGGCAAGCCAGUUGUGGCUGCCCUGAAACCACCAAUCCGAAACCACCGAUCUGAGAUGCCGAAAGGAAACCAGAUCUUCGCAUCAGUUGCUGUUGUGUGGCCCGCAGGCCAUCUGGUCAGCUGCUGCUCAGCUGGUCCAGGCUGAAGGGGUCGGGAGCCCCGGGGGCCAGGCGGAAGGCUGUGAGAACUGGAGACCACCUUCUCCCCAAGACUCAUUCCUACUCAGGCUCCCGGCAGCCUCUGGUGCCUUUCCUGACCCGGGUCCCUCACUCUUCCAACAGAAACUACCUCGGUCCGGAGCGCCCCACUGCCAGCGAAUGGCCUGCCUAAUAUUUAUGAGCACCCAUUAAGCCCUUAACCCCACCCAAAGGAAUAAAUCAUGUUGUAUGAGCCUUG